AUGGUGGAUUCAUCAUUUGAGAAGAAGUUAAAAGAUUUGGAGUUAACUAGUGAUGAAGUAAAUCGUUUAACAGAUGCAUUUAAAAAUCCUGAAUUUCGAAAACUAUUUGCUGAAUAUGCUGAAGAAAUAAGUAAUCCUAAAAAUCGUGAUUUAUAUGAAAAAGAAAUUGAAUCAAUUGAAAAUCACCGUGGUAUGAACGUAACGUUCAUUCAUCCAAAUCCGGGCCAUGUAUUAAAAACAACUUUAAGUGGUAAAAGCAAAUGUUUUAUUAAUAUUGCAACAAGUAAUAAUGUUGAAAAACCAAGUUAUGAAAAAGAACAAGCAAAUCAGAGCAAUAACAAUAGUACAAAUUCAUGGAAUCAACGUUCAAGUGGAAUGCAUUGGAAUUUGCCACAUUGUUUAGCUCCACCGAGACACGAUUUUGACAAUAAAUCAAUUCCAUGUACAGUUUAUGAUGUUGUCUAUCAUCCGGAUACAUAUAGAAUGGCACAAACAAAUAAAAAUUUCAUGCAAAUGAUAGAAGAAUCAGCACUGGAUUCAAUUGAAAAUAAUUUUCAAUGUAAACUAGAUCGAUAUAAUAUUAAACGACCAAAAAUGAAAUAUAAAGGUGUACCAAGUGCAACUAUCAUUCGAAAAAAGAAUGAAAAUUUUAUUGAAGAACAACAGACAAAUCAUUAUGAGAAUAAUGUCGAUUCAAAUGAUAGUAAGGAUGAAUUCAUGAGUGCUUUAUUAAACUUUUCUUCAAAAUCUCAUACGAAAGAAAACCAUAAAGUUAUUAUAUCAAAUAGUCAUCAAACUUCUCUAUCAACUCGUGAACCAUCAACAAGCCAAGAAUUAACUUCCUGUGAGUCACCAUCUUCUAGUGAUGGCUAUACGGUACCAACAUAUAAAAUUAUUCAUCGUGGAGAGUUUGAUAUGCAAGAUUUAGUUCAAAAUUCACCAAUUAUCCAAGCGAAAUCAACACGUUGUAAAGAACUUGUUGUUGAAAUCGAUUUACCAUUAUGUACGACAUCGAAGAAUGUCGAUUUGGAUAUUUAUGAGAAAUCGUUACACAUUCACUGUGAAAAGCCAAAAUAUGAUUUAACUUUAGAUUUACCGUACCCUGUGAGAGAAAAUGACAGUCAUGCAAAAUUUGAUAAAAAACAACAUAAACUUGUUAUUACACUAGCCGUAAUGAAACAAAACGAUUGUGUCGUAGAUUUAGCUGACAUUGCUCCUGCACAAAUUGAAUCAGUUGAAGAAAAUAAAAAAGAUGACAGUAAUCAGGUGACGAACAGAGAAAAAGAAGAACUAAUCGUACAGAAACUGUUAACUGUAGAUACAACAAACUAUUCACCAAUUCCAUUUGAUUUUAAACAAGGAGUGUCACAUAUUGCACUUGUCUUACAUUUAAAAAAUGUUGAUAAAUCCAGUAUUAAUAUAACCAAUGAUGGUAAACAUGUUUAUAUAAAAUUAUGUUCAUUAGGUGAAGGCUGUUUUCCAUUGUCUCAUCAAUUAUACCUCGAUUUUGAUGAUGGACAAGAAUGCCGUGUACUUGAACCAAAUGGAAUAACGAUUAAUCAUAGUAAUGAGAAUGUUGUUGUUAUAUUGAAGAAAGCAGACAAUAGUAAUCUAAUCACAUUUCAUGCUGGUAUCAAUCAGCAACAACUCGAGACUAAAUAUUUUACUUCACCACCGAUACCCAAGGUUUCGUCACCACCAACAUCUCCUGUUAUCAUUAAUGAGCCAGUAUCCUCUGAAAGUAAUAUGAUUGCUGUACACGACCAAAAAACAUGUUCACAUAAAAACGAUUUUCUUUUAUCAACAACAAAAAAACAGGAAGUAAUGGCAGUGACUGAUAAAAAACAAAAUAAAAAACAAGCUCGUCGUAUGGCAAAAAAAGCACGUCAAGCAAAAGUCGCAUCAGAUGAAACAACAACAGAUGAAAGAAAAAAUGGUUCUGUUUCGUCUUUGUCAUCAUCAGAUAAUAAUCAAGAAACAGCUCACACUUUGAAAUCUGAUAAUACGGAUAAAUUACGUGAAAUUAAAUUCAAAUUAGAUCAUACUAAUCAACGGUCUCAUAAGACAAAUCAAAUUGAAAAUACUUCAUUGACGUCAAAUGAGAGUCAGUUACAAGAAAUUGAAAAAAAAGAUAAAUUAUCAGAUAUGCCAAAAUUAUUGCGUCUACCAUCUUAUCGUCGUCAUACAUCAGAGUCAAGUGUAGAUGAUGAACCAGGUGAAUAUAAACUGAAAAGUAUAUUAAAAAAUUCGUUAAAAAUUCGUUCAUUAUCUGAAAGUGAUUAUAAUGCGGAUUUAAGUAGUGAUUUUCAAUUUAAUUCAUUGAAUGUAUUUGAUCGAACAAAUGAUUCGUCUGAACUUGAUCUAAGUUCUUCCGGUAGUAUUAAUAAUAACAAUACAAAUACAACUACUGAUAGUACAUGCGUAACACCAAACGGUACAAAUGUGAAACGUGUAACAUUCAGUAAUCAAGUUGUUCGAAAAGUAUUUAAACCAAAUGGGCCCGUUUCAGGUAUGCGAAAAUCAUCACACAACCAGCGCAAGAACAAAAAUCGACAAAAGCGACGAGAUUCAGUAUCCCUAUCGAGUGAUGGUGACACCGAGAUGCCGAAUAGGGAUGGACAUACAAAGAUCACAACAGCAACAGAAUCCAAAACGAAUAAUGUUGAGAGUAAUGUAAAUUCUCAAAAGUUCUCUGAAUCAAGUGACGAUGAUACUAGUGAGAAAGGAGUGGAUAUUAAAAAGAAAGAAUUAGGUUUAGAAAAGAAAAAGCAGAAUGGCAAGGAUCCAACUGAUAAUAAUGACGACGGUACGCAGAAAGAAAUUACAAAGAAGACGGUGGGCAAAGGUAAUGAAACUGACGACGGAGAUUCAAAUAAAAAUCCGUUCAUGUUGGAAUCGAUUUUAUCUUGGUAA